UUUUUUAAUAGAAUGCCUAAGAGUCAAGGCAGUUUACAAUCAAAACAGAGCAGAAUAACUAACUCACAGAAGCAACGUUCAUAAUAUAAAGCAACCCUAAAAUCGGCGCCAAAUGCCUUGCAGGAAAGUAAAGUUGACCUAUGCCACAUGGGCCAAGCAGUAAGGGGCCUCCCUUAGAGGUGUUCCAAACAGGGCACAGCCACAGAGAUGACUCCUGUUGCUUCCUGAGGGUGGCAACUGUCAUCAUGCCUUCUCUCAGGGGCCGAAGAAAUGUGCUGACUCUUGGAUGAAAAGACAGCCCUCUGGAUGCCCAACACCAAGCCAAAUAGGUCAUCACCUUUAAAUCACCCUGACUGAGCCCAGAAGCAAUCCACUAACUGGUCAGCAACUAUAGCAUAGUUAGACGGCUGCUGAAUCUGCCAGGUCCAGCUAGAAAAUGGGCCAGCUUGGGCUAGCUGAAGCGUCCAAGUUGUCUUCAAAUGCAACUCACGACUGGUGCCACGUCACGACUGGUGAUGUGAAAGAGAGGAAGGCAAGGCUUCAUGUUAGUUCCCAUAGGAACCUUCAGUAUGGCUGGACAGCAUUUAUUUUGGGAGAUAAAGCUAGUACGAAGUUCACUGAAUACAGCAAAGUCUUCACAGUGGAUGGUAAUCUGCACGCUGGCACAGCGAAACUUGCCCAACAAGUGGCAGAAAAAUUUGGUAUGCGAUAUUUCCCAGAAGCUGAUGUUCAUCUAUUAGACAGACUCACAGGAGACGGAAAAAAACUGGAUUUAAAAUAUAAUGGCAGUUGCUGUCUGGAGACGUUUUACAAUGAACCUAAGCAUCCAAAUGGAAACUCUUACCGGCUCCAAGCUUGGAUGUACUGCACCCGCCUUUUACAGUAUGCGGAUGCUCUAGACCAUCUUUUGAGCACAGGACAAGGGAUAGUGCUGGAGCGCUCCCCCUACAGUGACUUUGUUUUCUUGGAGGCGAUGUCAAAGCAAGGCUACAUUCACCCAAGGUGUGUGAAACACUACUACAGGAUGAAGAGCCUUAGUAUUUGUGAGGUUUUGCCUCCUCACUUGGUCAUUUAUAUUGAUGUGCCUGUCUCAGAAGUUAAGAAAAGGAUUGAAAAGAUAGGCCAGCCAUAUGAAAAAAAAGUGUCAGCAGCUUAUCUACAAAGCAUUGAGGAUAGCUAUAAGAAGUCUUUCCUGCCGCAGAUGAGUGAGACCUCUGAGAUCUUGCAAUAUACAGCCAGUGAAGCUGACAAUGUGGACAGAAUUAUUGAAGAUAUUGAGAUCCUGAAAUUUGAUAAAGGGCCUUGGCUUGCAGAAAACGAUGUUUCGUUGCAUUACUUGAGGUGUCGUGUUAAUGACAAAUUAAAAAUGAUGAGUCCUAUAGCUGUUCCUGACUACAUUCCUGAAGUCACAAUAGGAGGCCUUGAUGCUGAUGAAAUCUUCCAUAAUUAUAGGGAGCUUCCUGGACGUAAGUAUGCAUCUGGUUACAAUGCUGAUGUGGGAGACAAGUGGAUCUGGCUAAAAUAACCAAUUUCCUUUUGAAGAAUCAAGUUGGCCACAGAAAGAUGAUGAGGUUCCUGUUACUCAGCCAGUUGUAAAUAGGUGACAUCUGUAGCAAUGGUGACAGGGCUUCAGCUGGGAGAACUAACCAACCAAGACGAGGAAGGUACCUUCAAGAUUAUUCUGAGCUGAGUCCCAUUAAGAAGGCAGAGAAGGAUCCACUGUGGCAGGCCUGCUGAAUAAAAAGGCAUCUAAUCUAAACUGGAGCUUCCUGUAUUCCUUGCUGAAAAAAUAAAGUUCUUCGGUGUAGUU